AGUCACCAGUUGAACGGCAUCGGUUCGUUUUUCGAUUUGUGUGAUAUUCUCGCAAGUGCAUCCGAGUUGCUAUUUUUUUUUUUUUUUUCAUCCGUUUCGUAGAAAAUUCGCACCACAAUGAACAAUAAGGGUGAAAAAUGGAGGCCGAUGCACAUAUCUAACCCAUCUACACGCCUCCGGAUGGCAAGAAACAUGCCCCAAUGGAUGAGUAAAUCAGGAAACAGUUUCCCAGCACCACCUGUGCCGAAAGAGGAACACAGACAAACGCAAUUAAAUCAUAGACAAACAAUAGAUGAACCAGAUUAUGAAGUUAUCGAAUUUGGACAAUAUUCCAAUGAUGUACCCCCGUUACCAGAAAAAAAUAUUAAUAAUAGAAAAAAGGAUGGUUUACACUGUCAAUUAUGCGGAUCUUCAGCUUCUAGUGUACAUUGCGAUCAAUGUAAACAAAUUUUUUGCCUCUCUUGCGAUGAUAUGUACCAUAGGCAUCCAAAACGACAGACUCAUACUAGACGGCGACUGGAAGAGACUAUUCGACCGCCUUUACCACCUAAAGGAGAAGCUAUCUUAGCUCCUGUACCACCUCCCAGACGACAUAGACGAGCGGGAUCACUUGGACCCUCUCCCUGCCCCAGCCCGUUACCAAUUAGACACUCACAGGUGAAUAGAUCAUCGACGAUGCCGAGGCGAGAGAGUCACGGGGGGUUUUGUCUUACAGAUAAAACGUCGAGUUUUAAAAGAGACAGUUUCGGAAGUAGACCAUUACCACCACCCCCAAAUUCUUAUCAACGUGACAUGUCGUCAGUCGAUUUAAAUAGCAGAGGACUCGUUCCCAGUCCGAGUCCGUCGUUGCAGCAGCGUUAUAAGCAACACCAAUUAGCGAUGAAAGGAACUUUAUCUAAUACUUCAUCAGAUUUUGAGCGGAAUUCCAGUAAAGAUACGGGAUUCCCGGGAUCGGAAAGCGGACAAUGGAAUGGUAGAUCGAGAGCGGGCAGUGUAUCCGGAUCGGAUAUCGGUAGAAACGUUUCGAGGAGGUUCGAUACGUUUCAUCCCGAUAGAGAACAUCCCGUGGCGCAUCACCAGCACGGAUUCGUGCCCGUACAACAGGCCCAAUCGCUAGCGAACUUGAACUAUCCGCCACCUUGUUGUCCGACGCCGUGGAUGAACCAAUUCGGAUACGAUCAUCAACUUCACGGCAGCAACCUCAGUUUAAAUAUGGCUCCCAGGGGGUAUAUGAUGAACCCCGUUUGGAUGAAUCCCUGGAAUAACAACGUCCCGAUGUACCCGUCGCCGUUUUCGAUGUCGAUCAGCAACAUGCAUCCGAGUGGGGCUCAAGGUUUCCAACAUUCGAGACCCCCUUCUCCGACGCAAAGCGUCAAAUCGAGAAAAUCGAACCAGAGUCGAAGGAGUCGGAAAAAAUACGUCGAAGAUACCGAAGACGAGGACGAAGACGAUCGAAGAUCCACUUUCAGCGAUAGAAGAUCGUCGCGCGGUCGAUUUUCCGCGAAAAAGGAAAUUCCCGAGCGACCGAUAAAUAAAAGAAGUAUGCAUACGCCAUCUAGCGAUACCGACGACGAAUUAUCGGACGGUAGCAACCGAUUAAAAAGUAUCGGUAAAGAAGGAAACCGCACCGAACAAAUCGAGGCUCGAUGGGAAUGCGAGCAUUGCACGUUCGUUAACGAACCGAACACUAAAGUGUGUCAGGUGUGUUGCAAGACGUCUUCGACUAUCAAAACGAUAAAUAAAAUCGAAGAAGAAAAGGGGAAACGACAAAUUAAUAUGUCCAGCGACGAUUUCAGUCGGGAUUACAGCGAAACCGAAUCGGUUUUGAAUAAAUUGGGCAAGAUGCGGACGUCGGAUACGGAAACGAAGAAAGGAGAAGAAGAUUCUUGCUCGGUUAUCGGUGACGUGGAUAAAAUAAAUAACGAAUCGAAAGAGACUGUUAGUUUGAGUGAAGUGAAAACUGAUUGUGCCGGUGAAAAUAAACCUCGUCAAAAUGUCACUUCUAUUUCUACUGGAACGUCGCCGCCUCCCCAAAACAUAUCUACGCAGACUUACGAAGAUGUACCUUUAGAACAAAACCGUUAUCCCCCCAGAGGUAGAAGUCGUAAUCGUAAUAAUUAUUUGAAACGUUCUCAAUCUUUACAUUCGCCUAAUUCAGAAUGGUCUUCGUUGCACAGAUCGACAAGUAGAAUGUCUUAUACAUCAGACUCCCAGAGUUUACCAGGAAGCAGAGAAACAAGCCCUAUACCGUACGUCGACGAAUCUCUGUUGAAUACAAGAAAUAAUUCAACAAAACACCGACCGUCUCAGCCCGAUGUUAGACAAUCGCGUAGUAUAUUGGACCUAAGGAAACCGGAAUUGUACAGGAGACCCAGCCAGAUCGAUCUCGCAUACCACAGGACGGAAAAUUCGAAUCAAAGUCACCUCAGACCGGAAGCUCUUCAGCAUCAUUCUGAACGAAACUUCCCCGAAACUAAUGGAUACGAUCAUUUCCAAACGUCAGGCAUGGAAAUCGUAAAAUUAUUAAGGGAAGCCGAACAGUACAAAUAUACUGCCGACGAAGUACAAGCAGCACUUUUACACUGUAAAGAUAAUAAUCCGAUUGAGUGGUUGAAAGAAAAUUGGGAAAAUACAAUUUCCAGUGUUCAAACAUUAGCUACUCAAUUGGGUCGCGAAGGACCAAUUAAUAUAGUCGGUACGGUGUCUAAAACCGAAGCCAGAGACGCAUUAAGGAAACAUAAAGGUAAUUUAUGGCCGGCAGUGGAAGAAUGCGUAGAAAUGCGUCAAAAAAAGUAUGCUGAUUUGGCUUCAAGGGGGGACUAUAAUCGCGAAGAUAUAAUAACAGCUCUAACGGCCAAUCACGGUGACUUGGAACAAGCCUACAACGAAUUAAGUAAAAUGCAGUUGAAACCGUUUUUAAUGAGAAUAUGGGGACCGCCGGUCGGUAAUGAAAAUGAGGCAGGUAACGAGGGGGUUGACUUGAGGACGCUUGAAAAAAGGGAUGUAUUAACAGAGGAUUCGUUAUUAAAAACGGAAUCGAAAGCAGUAAGUACCCCCUCUUCUAUAAUUAGCACGAAUUCCAAUGAAAAUUUGAAUCAACUUUAUUCCGGAGAUAAUAAAAAUCAAGAAGAUUGUAUAAAAGAUAACAAAGAAGCUUUAGAUAAUUUAGAAUUUGAAAUUUUAAAAAACUUGGAAGAUAUUAAAAUUUUGAGCGAAAAUUUAACCCAAGACGAUGAUAUUAAAGAAACUAAUACAAAUAUAGUUGAAAAUAGAAUAAAUAACGUCGAUUUAACUGAAGGAUUCAAUCGAAAUGAAGAAAUACUUAAGGAAAAUGAUGAAAUACCAGUUGAAACUACAAAUAAGGAUACAAAAAGUUCAGAAAUUGAAAGUAAUCCACUUGGAAUGGAUAAUGAAGAUAAUCAGAAACCUACAACGGGGAAAAUAUAUAUAGAAAAAAGUAGUACCGUAAUCCAUAUUGCGGAUUAUCCGGUAGAAUCAAAUAAUUCAGACGACGAAAGCGAUUUACAAUUUUUAGAUGCUCUAGAAACGCCCAAUCAAGAACAGGAUAAGAAAACAGAAAGAAAAAAAAGCGUUUCUACUAUAAAUUUAUAUUUUGGUGAUAGAAAUAAACAAAAGAUGGUAACCAACGAAGGAAAUAACCUAAUGGAAAGCAAAGCUUCCAUUUCAUUGAAACCUGUUACUAAAAAUGAUAAAAAUAAACUGAAAACAAUAAAGAACGAUGAAACUAGAAAUGAAAUAACUAAGGAAGGGAUUAAUCGAAUGAUAUUGAAUGAAGAUACCACAAAAAUAGUGGGUGGAAGUGGAUCUUGCCAAAUAAAAAUUGAACCAGUUGUUUCGUGUGGUAAAAGUGAAGACGCAACUCCAGUAAACAUCAAUGAGACCGUUAAAGAAGAAAUAGAAGAUGAUGAACGAAUUAAUAUUACAUUUAGUACUGGAAGAGAAGAAAAAGAUGAUAAAAUUGGAUCAAAUGUUGAUUAUAAUGAAGUCGGAUCUUCAAAUGAUGUAAUAGAAGUUAUAGUUGGAUCAAAUCAUGAAGAAAAACAAAUAAUUGGUGGAAAAAAUGUUGAUGAAGAGAUGGUAGUUCAAUUUUUGAAAGAAAAUAAACAGAAAAUUGUUGAAAAAAAUCAAGUCACAUCGAAUUCAGAUGCUUUUAAACGUACAGCUGUCUUUAAGCAAACCGUUAAUGAAGAAAUAGAAGAUGGUGAACGAUUUGGUACUAGCAUUGAAAAAAAAGAUGAUAAUAGUGAACCAAAAGUUUAUUAUGAAGAAGUUGGUUCUUCAAAUGAUGUAAUGGAGUGUAUCGGAGGUACAAGGGAUGAAGAAAAACAAAAAAUUGAUGGAAAAAAUCAUGAUGAAGAAUUGGAAGAUCCAUUUUUGAAAGAAAAUAAACAAAAAUGUGGAAUAAAUGAAAUUACAUCAAAUUCAGAUGUUAUUCGAGUUCCAACUGUCUUUAAACAAACCGUUAAUGAAGAAACAGAAGAUGGAGAAGAAUUUAGUGAAGGAAUUGAAGAAAAAGAUGAUAACAGUGGACUAAAAGUUAAUUAUAAUAACGAGGGAUUAUCUUUGAAUUAUGUAAUUAAAGACAUUGAUGGAGCAAAGGAUGAAGAAAAACAAAAAAUUAAUGGAAAAAAUGAUAAUUCAAAUCUGGAAAAUCCAAUUGUCGAAGAAAAUAAGCAAAUAAUUGAGAAUAAAAAAGGAAUUAUGUCAAAUUUAAACGAAAAUAACUCGGAUACAAUUGAAUCUCCAGCAGAUUUGACUGAAACGGGUAAUGAAAUAACAACAGGAAAUGGGAAAUAUGUUAAUGGUAAUGAAUUUGUAGAAAAAAAUAGUAUGGGAGAAUCAAAAGACGACGAAAAACAAAUAGUAAAUGAAAAAAAUGAUGAUUUUAAAAAGGAAGCUUCAAUAAUGAAAGAAAACGUGGAAAAAAUUGAGAAUAAGAAUGGAAAAAACGUCGUGGUAAAAUCAAACGAACAAACUUCAAUUAAUCCAACUCGAAAUGCAACUUUUAAGAUAAAUAGAAGAAGAUCAAUUAAAAAACGAAAUAGAUAUGACAAAAACAAUAUGAAUAAUAAAAUAAAAACGUUAAAAAGUGAAGAAAACAUCUUACCAAAACAGAAUAACAAUGAUAAUAAGAACAAAGUCGGAAUUUUCACAAAACAACACGAUAAAAUAGAAAAAUCACUUCCAACGAACGAUAAUUUAAAAAAAUACCAACAGAAACUUUCUACACAAUCGAAUAAUGAACAUUUUCAAAAUUUAAAUAAAGAAAUUCCAGCGGAAUCAACAAACAACAACGUAGAUAAAAAAAUUGAGGUUAUGUUUAGCGAAAACAGUGGCGUAUCAAAUCUGAAGUUGGAAAGUGAGAACCAUCGAACUAUAAAAAAACCAUCGAGAAUACCGUUGUUGAAGCAACGGUGUAUAUCGAUAACGAACGCGCUUUUAUCACCGAUGACCGGCGCUAGCAAAAUACCAAUCAAAACGAAAUUUUCGUUUAAGAGAGAAACGAAAACACCACAAAAAGAAAUCGAAACGUGUAGUUCUCCAGAUACAAGUCCGGAUCGAGUAAAAGAAAUUAAUAGACAAAAAUUGAUUUCUUCUAAUAAAAAUUCCUUCGAUUCGACCACUAGUUCUAAACAACUUUCUUAUACAAAAUCUUUGGAUAACGAUAGCGAAUCUUCCGUGUCGGACAGUAACAUAGAAGAUUUAUUAGAAGAUGAAGAUAGUUAUGAGGAAUUUGAAGAUGAUUCCGAUGACGUACAUAGGAUUAAUUCCGAUAUGGAAACGUUGAAUUCGAAUUUGAACAGGGAUAAUACCGUCAUUGAUAUGAGUAAAAAUAAAAAUUACAGUAUCGAAGAAACUUGCGAAUCGGAAGAUGAUGAUAUUGAUAAUAAUGAAAUGGAAGAUAAUAGACAAUCGAUGACGGAUAUGGAGCGUCAGAGCAGGCAACUUUUGGCAGAAGGACAAGUGGAAACUUACGAACAAGCCGAAUUAGCUUUAAGCUUACUACAAUUGAAAUUUUCUAAAGAACAAGCACUCGAAGCAGUUAAAAAUUGCCAUUCCAUAGAUGCUGCUAUUUCGUUUUUACAACAAGAUUGUGAAUUGUGUGCAGGCAAAUAUCCCAUGAAACAAAUGAUAUCGAUGCUGAAAUGUAUCCACAGAUGCUGUCAGGAAUGUGCUAAAAAUUACUUUACAAUCCAAAUAACCGAUAGAAGUAUAAUGGAUUGUAAUUGUCCGUUUUGUAAACAACCCGAUCUGACUAGCGCCGAUCUAAACGACGAAGAUAUCACAGAAUAUUUCGGAAAUUUGGAUAUACUUUUGAAAGGAAUUUUAGACGAACCCGUACACGAAUUAUUCCAAAGGAAAUUGAGGGAUAGAACAUUGAUGCAGGAUCCACAUUUCAAAUGGUGUAUACAGUGUUCAUCGGGGUUCAUUGCUCAUCCUCGACAGAAACGUUUGAUUUGUCCGGAUUGCAAAUCUGUUACUUGUGCAAAUUGUAGAAGACCGUGGGAGAAACAACACGAAGGUAUCACCUGCGAAAAAUUCGCCGAAUGGAAAGACGCCAACGAUCCCGAAAACCAAGCGUCCGGCGUGGCUAAACACCUCGCCGAAAACGGCAUAGAUUGCCCCAAAUGCAAAUUCAGAUAUUCCCUAUCGAAAGGCGGUUGCAUGCAUUUCACUUGCACCCAAUGCAAACACGAAUUCUGUUACGGUUGCGGCAAACCGUUCAUGAUGGGCGCCAAAUGUACGGUCGGCCAAUAUUGCGCCAAAUUGGGUCUGCACGCCCACCAUCCGAGGAACUGUCUGUUCUAUUUGAGAGACAAAGAACCUCACCAGCUAGAAAAAUUGCUUACGGACAACAAAAUACCGUUUAAAAUAUACAAUAACCUCGAGGACGGCUCCUCCGCGUCGAUAGCUAAAUGUUUGGUGCCAUUACAGAAAGAAACCCCCGCAGGUUUAAUAGAUUCGAUAUGUAAUAACGAAGUACAUACCGGGGAAUCGGGAUUGUGUAGGGAUCACUAUGUAGAGUAUUUAUGUAGUUUGACGUUGAAAAAUAAGUUGGAAACGUUGGACGUAUUGUCGACCGAUGAUUUGGAAACGGUCGUCAGAAGGGCCGGUAAAAAGUUGCCUCCGAAUGCGUUCGGAACGCCCCGAAACGUGUAUCGGUUACGUUUGAAACAGGUAUUCGAAACGCCGUUUUGUUUUUACCAAAAAAAUUACCGACGUAAACUAAUCACACUAAUAUCGACGUCCGUCGGGUCGGUUGUUGACCGUUGGUUGCUUAUCGGACGGCUCCUCGGUUACCCCGGUGGUAGAUGGGGUUUUGUAGUAGUUUUAGGAUAAAAAAAAAACGGCGUUUCCGGAACGAUAACACUUAUCUGAUCGUUUGGUUUUUUUUUUUU